UCUGGUCUGGCUGCCAUGUAUCAUGGACAAACCACUGGCAAAGGGGCCCCCACUCCAGCACAGAUUUACCAGCAACCUCCGAGGCUUCUCAUUGUGCACAUCUCUCUACCAUCCUGGGCUGACAUCUGCUCCAACCUCUGUGAGGCUCUGCAGAACUUUUUCUCUCUAGCCUGCAGCUUGAUGGGCCCCAGCCGCAUGUCCCUCUUCAGCUUAUACAUGGUACAAAAUCAGCACGAGUGCAUCCUCCCAUUUGUGCAAGUGAAAGGAAACUUUGCUAGGCUGCAGACCUGCAUCUCAGAGCUCCGAAUGUUACAGAGAGAAGGUUGUUUCAGACCGCAAGGUACUUCCCUGCAGCUGGCAGUAGAAGAUGGGCUCCAGCAGUUCAAACAGUACUGCAGACAUGUGACCACGGGUGCAGCGCUGGCCUACACUUCCCUGGAGAUUACUAUUCUGACUUCCCAACCUGGAAAAGAAUUGGUCAAACAAUUGGAGCAUGGAUUGAAAGAUACAGACCUAUUCAAGGUCAGAAGGCUUCAGGUGGUUGAGAUCAUAAAGGAAGCCCUAGGGUGUAUGGACUCAGCAUCCCCUGUGGAAGAGUCCAACAAUGAUGAGAGUCCUUUCCUGGGAACUGACAUUGACCUACAGACUAUAGACAAUGAUGUUGUCAGCAUGGAGAUUUUCUUCAAAGCUUGGCUGCAUAACAGUGGAACAGACCAAGAACAUGUUCAUCUUCUUCUUCCUUCACAGUCUUUCAGCAAGAUUUCCAGAACCACAGAUAAUCCAAUGUGCCUGAAAUGUGAUCUCCAAGAGAGACUUCUCAGCCCAUCCCUGCUCCCCGGCACAGCUGAUGGUUCCUUGAAAAUAGAUGACCCCAAAGGAGACUUCAGCACACUCUACCAGAUGGCCUCCCAGUCAUCAUCCUCUUAUUACAAGCUCCGGGUGAUCAAGGCUCUGAAAUCCAGUGGGAUCUGCGAAUCAGUUACAUAUGGACUUCCAUUCAUCCUCAGACCUACAAGCUGCUGGCAGCUGGACUGGGAUGAGCUGGAGAAAAAUCAGCAGCAUUUCCAUGCUUUGUGUCACAGCUUGCUGAAAAGAGAAUGGCUGCUGUUGGCCAAAGGGGUGCCCCAGAGUCAAGGACCCAGCCCAAGAGAACCUGCCAGCACCUUCUAUGUGAUCAUGCCAUCACGAUCCCCGACUCUGCUGGUGAAGGCAGUGGCCACGCGGGAACUGAUGCUGCCCAGCCCCUUCCCUCUUCUCCCUGAGUACCCGCCUGAUGACAGCCUUAAGGUUGUGGAGAACGUACUGGACAGCCUGGAGCUAGAGCCCACCUACAACCCCUUACAGGUUUGGAGUCACCUGUACUCACACCUGACUAGCAUCUUUGCCAAGCCCCAAGGCCGACACCACCCAAGCUGGGAGAGCCGGGCCCUGAGAAAGGCUGCACAGUUGCAAACAAAUCGAGUUCGAGCUACGGUGGCCCCUCUACCUAUGACUCCAGCUCCUGGCAGAGCCCCCAGCAGAGCCCCAGCAACCAGCAAAGCCUCCUCAGAAGCCUUCUUCCAGCUUUCUGAGGAAGAGGAAGAGGAGGAGGAGUAUCCCUCAGGGCCUUAA